AUACAGUACAGGGGAAGUCUCUCAAUCCUAUAGUGAUGCUCGCCGGCGCACAAUAUAGAGUGAUGACUCCAGGGCUUCUGCGACAUGUAUAAAAAGGGGGGGACCGGGCUUGAUGCCCAAGCUGUACAUCUGCAGUCAUCUCGGCAAUACCAUGACCAUGGGAAGGAUCAUCUUCUACGAGGACCGCAACUUCCAGGGUCGCUCCUAUGAGACCAGCAGCGACUGCCCCGAGCUGACCACCUACCUGAGCAGGUGCAACUCCUGCCGGGUGGAGAGCGGCCUCUUCGUGGUCUAUGAGAAGCCCAACUUCAAGGGACACCAGGUGCUGGUCAGGAGGGGCGAGUAUCCCGACAGCCAGCGUCUGAUGGGAAUUAAUACGAGCGACUGCAUCAGAUCCUCUCGUAUGAUCCCGCUGCACAGAGGACAGUUCCGAGUGAGGAUCUACGAGAAGGAGAACUUUGGAGGCCAGAUGCACGAACUGACCGACGACUGCGACAACGUGGACCGUCUGCGCAUGUCCGACUGUCAGUCCUGCAACGUGAUGGAGGGCCACUGGUUGAUUUUUGAGCAGCCCAACUUCCGGGGCAGGAUGCUGUACCUGAAGCCCGGCGAGCACCGCAACCUCCGCGAGCUGGGAGCCAGCGGCAUCAUCCGACUGAGCUCCAUCCGACGCAUCACAGACACCUGUUAGCUUACUCUCUCGUUUGUUGAAUAAAGCAAGUUGAAAUUUGAA